UUUCCAUCAUAGCGUAGACUCCGAUCGCUUCUAAGGCUUCCAAGAAACCCAGUAGUCAUUCAACGCCCCUUGGUCUCGCUCGCGGCGUCGUCGUCUCCCGAGCAAGUCGGAAGAGGUCAGGUUGGAGAAGAAGCCUAGUAGUCAAAAACUAUAUGAUAAAAGCUUAAGAUGGCAGCAUCAAAGAUUCAAGCUCUAUGGAAUCACCCAGCGGGCCCUAAAACCAUCCAUUUUUGGGCCCCAACAUUUAAGUGGGGAAUUAGUAUCGCAAAUGUUGCAGACUUCGCUAAGCCACCUGAAAAGAUUUCUUAUCCUCAGCAAGUUGCUGUUGCUUGCACUGGUCUCAUCUGGUCACGUUACAGCACAGUUAUUACACCUAAAAACUGGAACCUCUUUAGCGUGAAUGUUGCGAUGGCUGGAACAGGCAUUUAUCAACUAUCUCGCAAGAUUCGGCACGAUUACUUCUCUGAGGUAGAAGAAGUACCAGCAAAAGAAUGAAGAAGGUUCAAAUUGACAAUGCCCAUGUGGGAGCGUCGGCGAUGAUGGAUCCUGUCUUAUGAUUUCUGUUCAAAUAAUAUGUCCUCUUUGCAUCUCAAGCACUGGGGCAUAAAACCCUGGCAUAAUUCUAUGGUGGCAACCUCUCUUUUUGUCCCAAUCUUGUUUUUUUUUUAAAUUUGGAUCUGGUUUUUCUUCCCAUCUGACAACUGCUGAAUUUUUAGCUUCUAUAACUUGACGAUACUCCUACAAACAAUAAAAAUAAAUUUGAUC